AUGGCAACCUUGAAUCGUGCUGUCAGUAUAGUACAAAGUGAUAACAGCGAGGCUGGCAAAACGAAAGUGCACAGGUUGGAUGGCCAAUCGAUGGGAUUCAGAGGAACGGUGAUUACACAAAAAGGCCCCGGCCCGCCAUUUCAGUUGUCCAAAAGCCCAACACUUCAUCUGUUGGGGGCAAUGGCUAAAUUGACCAGCUCUGACCAGUCAUUCCCGUCAAAAUUUUGUAUUAAUCCCGGCUACAUGUCCCAGGUAUGGACCAGAUUUAUAGCCCAAAUAAUCACGGAGCGAAAAAAAGUUCCAGAUUUAGCAUCAACUACUCAGAAUACUAUUUACGAUGUCAAUUACCAAAGUGAACGAACAAUCGAGCAAGUUAUUCGCUGUCGACGCUGGCUCUCUCCAGUAGUUCACAUGUUUUAUUUGGCUCACCUUUUUGUCUUCUUUCCGGAUACGCAUCUACGAAUGCCCAUCUCGAGGCCCACCAACGUAAGUUACCCAAGGCUAACUGCAAAGCGAUGCAUCGAGAUAACCAAGUGGUACAGAAAAAAAAAAGGGCUCCCUCUCGACUCUUGGCUCCCAGCUAUUGAUGUUUUUUGGAAGUUCGAUCAGCAAUCAGUUCAUGUCAAAGCGUUCGCGUUUUCAUGA